CCAUACAAAAUUUUUGAAAACGUGGUUCAAUCAUUACUAGCGCCUGUGGAAGAAAGCGGUAAAUAGAACUCAGUUAGCGUAGCGACAUCUUCCGGCAGAUCGCUUGAACUACCAUUUUUGUGCAUAGAAACUAUGGCCAUCUACAUUUUGUUUGCUGUACAAAUCAGUAGCAUCUGUCUUUUUUGAAGUCUACUUUUUGACGUAUUGGAAGAACGAAGAAUUCUUUCAGUUUUCAGAAAAAAAGUAUGUAUUUUAAAAUGUUUGUGCUAAGAAAAAUGUGCAAUGAAUCAUUAUGGAAAAAGAUGCAAAUUUAUCACCUAUGGAAUCGUGUUGGAUGGAAGAAGGGCCAAAUGCCCCGCAAACUAGACAGCUCCUGGAUCUUUCCCAAAAAUAAUGACAACAUACUUUUUUGCCAGACGAUUGAUAUCGAUAAUAGAGCCCACAGACUGUUUUAGGGUUGCUCUAUCCAAAGAUAAAGAGUUCCUAAGCACGAUAAGGCACACAGGAGAGGGCAACAUUUAUAAUGUUAGCGCAUUGAUUGACUGUCUUAAAUCAGCCCAGAACUGUGUUCAAAUGCUACGCCAAACUGCCGUGUUCCAACCAAAAGCUCUGUCGGUGAAUUGUUUUGACAAUGAAUACGGACACUAUCCAAGUAAAUAUCGGUUGCUCAUUUGGGCUGCUCUCCUCGAUGUACCCUGCAACAAGUCAAAAUUUUCAGAAAUAGUCAAAAUGGGAACUCACUCAACAGCUGUUGCAUUAAAUGCCAGCCUAAAGUUGAAAGAUUCAACAGCCAGGCGUUAUCUCAUAAAAAUUUUCUCAUGUCUUGGUCAUUGGUCGAAGAUCUUUGGCAUAAGUGACUUUGUCCCGGAAUUCAUCUUUCCAUUUGUGAAGAUUUUCUCCAACAGUCUUACUGUUUGCUUUGAAAUUAUUGCUACAAUUCUAACGAAUCAAUGCCAGUUGUGGUUUGAGUUUCAUCCAUUGGAGCCCCAAAACUAUUUGGGAAUGUGUGAAAAUAUCCUAAAUCACUUUGAUCCUCAGUUGGUGAAAUUCUAUUCCAAAACUCAAGUUACAGCGAAAGAAUAUGCUUGGUCGAUUAUAUCAAAUGGAUUCUCUGAGAUUCUAGAUGAAGAGGCAAUGGAAAUCGAGUUAACAUUAGCCGAAGAACACAUCAAAGAUCAGGACUUGGAAUUAAUUUCACAUAAAUAUGAAAUUGAUGAUAUUUUAAGUGAAGCCGAUUACCAACCAAUGAGGAAUAGUUUAGAAAUACGAUAAACAAAAUCAAUGACGGAAAGAAAAAACUUAAGAAUGACUUAGAACUUAUACUUCGAGAUGAUGUAAAAAGUCAAGUAGAUGAUGGAAAGUUAUCGGCUCGUGGUUUAAGUGAAGUGGAAUCUUCAAUUAGAGAUCUAGAACGAGAAUUUCAAUCUGCACUCAAAUGCGAAUCAUAACGAUGGCGCUCCUGAUUUAAAUAUAAUUUUUUUUUAACAUGCAUUUUUUAUUUUAUUUAUAUAUCUUUUAAAUUGUAUAUUUCAAAAAAAUAUUAGAAUACAAAAACAUAUUUUUAAAACAAAGUCAUACAAAAUUUGAGCCCUUAAUUAAAUGCUUUAAAAAUGAUUGAAAUAUUCUAAAAAUUGUAAGUUCCAAUUUAUUAUAUUAACUAACUUUUAUUAAAAAA